GUCCGUGCGCUCAAUGGUAUGGCCCCUAAGUAAUAGAAACUGCGUGAAUAAUGGAAAAAGUAUAACCCUGAAAUGGCUAAUCGGUUCAUCUUGACACCUGUACAACCAACUCAAUCGAUUUGUGGGCGCGCGAACAUGACGGUCGCCAGUACCAUUCCCAUUCCACCAGGCUUACCCGAGGUCAAUAUCUCCCGCGUUAUCGCAGAGGGUGGUGUACACGAUCGAGAAUGGGAUACAUACUCUGGAGCCAAAUGUUUCACGAAUGCGUUUGUGUUGGAUGAGAAGAAUGCAAGAAUCUUACUGGGUUUCAAGAAACGAGGAUUCGGGGCAAGCAUGUACAAUGGAUUCGGAGGGAAAGUAGAACCUGACGAGUCGCCACUCGAGGCUGCCAAGAGGGAACUCAAAGAGGAAGCGGGAAUCGAAGCACCACUGGUGCGCUGUGGGACACUCUUCUUCACCUCUCCCUCCCUAAAUCACGCAUAUCACAUCGACGUAUUUCGGGCGAACAUUUGGGUUGGCACGCCUUCCGAAUCCGAGGAAAUGCGUCCUGAAUGGUUCUCGAUAAACCCCGACACUGGAACGAACGUUCUCCCUGGAAUCCCCUACGACCGGAUGUGGGCGGAUGAUAAGUUUUGGCUCCCUCUAUUACUGGCAGGGACCCAGUUUAUUGGUCGAGGGGACUUUGGGGAAUUGGAUGAUACGAAGGGUGAAGGAGCUAUCGGCGCUUCCAUGGUGAAGUGGUGGUUUGCUUCUGUUGAUGAAUUGUGAGCCAGGAAGAGAGCAGAAAUUGGCAGUACAUGCGGACAUGCAAGUCCGCCUUUCCUUCGACACGCUUAUCGGCAGCAUCGGUAUGCCCCCCUUGCUCAAAUGUGAUAUUCCUCGCACGAAUCCCCACCCUGCAUCAUGCGCAUAAUG